AUGAACUUCCCCCUGCCGACAAAUAAUGAAGCAGAAUAUGAGGCACUAUUGCAUGGAAUGAGGAUGGCAAAAGCAUGUGGAGCAACACGCCUGGAAAUUUACGGAGAUUCGAAUCUGGUGGUGCAGCAGUCGAUGAAUUUAUGCGACGCAGUCAACAAUAAUAUGAUUGCCUACCGUCAAUUAUACCAGAAUAUGGAAGCCAAAUUUGAAGGGUGCGAACUCAAACACAUCGGCAGAGUCAGCAAUGAGGAAGCAGAUGCCCUGGAAAACAUUGGAUCCAUGUGCUCCCCUAUUCCAGACGGAGUAUUUUACGAAGUUAUUGCUCAGCUAUCGAUCAAGGAGAAAGCAUUGGCACCUCCAAAAUUAUUGGCUGACGAUUCAGAAGCAAGACUGCAGCAAACUGCCGAAGGAUCUCCAUCACAAUUGACAGAGCAUGUCCUCCUCCUCGAACCACUGUGGACCAAGCCUUUCUUAGCAUACCUAAUAGAUCAGCGAUUACCAGAAGAUCCAGUGGAAGCCAGGCGAAUUGUGAGACGAUCAAAAGCCUUCACCAUAGUAAACGGAGAACUCUACAAGCAUAGUAUCUCUGGUAUCUUUCAAAGGUGCAUUGCCAUCGACGAUGGAAAGGCUCUGCUGCGCGAGAUACAUGAAGGAACUUGUGGUCACCAUGCAGGCUGUAGGGCCCUUGUGGCAGAAGCUUUUAGAGUAGGAUUUUACUGGCCGACGGCAGCUUCGGAUGCUCGAGACCUGGUAUGGAAGUGCGACCCUUGUCAGCGUUUUGCACCAAAACCGCACGCUCCUACAACAGAUCUGAUGACCAUACCUCUCGCUUGGCCCUUCGCGCAAUGGGGACUUGACCAAGUUGGACCACUGCCAAGAUCAUCGCCUGGGGGUCAUACGUAUCUACUGGUUGCAGUCAACAAGUUUACCAAAUGGAUCGAGGCCGUACCUAUCAAAAAUCAAAAAGCCGAAACCGCCGUCCAGUUCUUCAAGGGAAUAACUUGUCGCUUCGGCAUGCCUCACAGCAUCGUUACAGACAAUGGAAGUAACUUUGACUCCAAAAAGUUCUGGAAAUUUUGCGACGACGGUGGUAUCAGACUAAAAUUUGCCUCAGUGGCACAUUCUCAAACCAAUGGUCAAGUCGAAAGGAUCAAUGGCCUAAUAUGA